GUGUCUUACGUACGUAUGCACGCUGCCCCGGUGAGGUCUGCUUGGACUGCUGUUGCUGGGAGCAGUCCGGUCAUUGCCAGUGCAAGUUCCAGUGCACUGGGUGUGUUGUUGAGGUCCUUGGUAUUGCCGUGCCCGUUUGUCCUCAGACGGAGCAGGAAAAUCUACUGGGGGACUAAUCCAGGAACACUGUUUGCAAUGCCUCAGUCAAAGUCUCAAGACAUGGGUUCUGCCUUCAUCCAGACACAGCAGCUCAACGCUGCCAUGGCCGACACGUUCCUUGAACACAUGUGCCUGCUGGACAUCGACUCUGAGCCCACCACUGCGCGCAACACUGGCAUCAUCUGCACCAUUGGGCCGGCUUCCCGAUCUGUGGACCUGCUGAAGGAGAUGAUCAAGUCCGGAAUGAACAUUGCUCGCUUGAACUUCUCACACGGCACACAUGAGUACCAUGCACAGACCAUCAAGAAUGUCCGUGAGGCGUGUGAGAGCUUUGAGCCCGGCAGUAUCCAGUACAGGCCUAUUGGCAUCGCUCUGGACACCAAGGGCCCAGAGAUCAGGACUGGCCUCAUCAAAGGAAGUGGCACUGCUGAGGUGGAGCUGGUGAAGGGCAAUAUCAUCAAGAUUACUUUGGACGAUGCCUACCAGGAGAACUGCAGUGACGAGAUCCUCUGGCUCGACUACAAGAAUAUUACCAAUGUGGUAGAAAUCGGCAGCAAAAUCUACAUUGAUGACGGCCUCAUGUCCCUGCAGGUUAAGGAGAUUGGGUCUGAUUUCCUCCUGUGCGAGAUUGAGAAUGGUGGCACCUUGGGCAGUAAGAAGGGAGUGAACCUCCCCGGUGCUGCUGUGGACCUGCCUGCUGUUUCGGAGAAGGACGUCAUGGAUCUGCAGUUCGGCGUGGAGCAGGGAGUCGACAUGGUCUUCGCCUCCUUCAUCCGUAAAGCAUCAGAUGUGCAUGCAGUCAGGGCGGUGCUGGGAGAGAAAGGCAAAGACAUUAAGAUCAUCAGCAAGCUUGAGAACCACGAGGGUGUACGCAGAUUUGAUGAGAUCAUGGAGGCCAGCGACGGCAUCAUGGUUGCUCGUGGUGACCUGGGUAUUGAGAUCCCCACAGAAAAGGUCUUCCUAGCCCAAAAGAUGAUGAUUGGUCGCUGCAACAAAGCUGGAAAGCCAAUUACAUGUGCCACUCAGAUGUUGGAGAGCAUGAUCAAGAAGCCCAGGCCGACCCGCGCUGAGGGCAGUGACGUAGCCAACGCUGUCUUGGACGGAGCCGACUGCAUCAUGCUGAGUGGAGAGACUGCCAAGGGAGACUACCCUCUGGAGGCAGUGCGCACACAGCACAUGAUAGCUCGAGAGGCCGAGGCAGCCAUCUUUCACAGACAGCUGUUCGAGGAGCUGAGGAGACACUCCCAACUGACCAGAGACCCUACAGAGGCUGUCGCUGUCGGAGCUGUCGAGUCCUCCUUUAAAUGCUGUGCUAGUGCCAUCAUUGUUCUCACCAAGACCGGGAGGUCUGCCCACCUGGUCUCGAGGUACCGCCCCCGCGCCCCCAUCAUCGCCGUGACCCGUAACGCCCGCACAGCCCGUCAAGCUCACCUGUACCGCGGCAUCUUCCCCGUCAUGUACACUAAUCCCUCCCAUGACGUGUGGGCAGAGGACGUAGACAUGCGUGUCAACUUUGCCUUGGAUAUGGGCAAAGCUCGUGGCUUCUUCAAAGUGGGAGAUGUUGUCAUCAUCUUGACCGGCUGGCGUCCAGGCUCUGGUUACACCAACACCAUGCGUGUGGUUCCAGUGGUCUAAAUAACCAACGGGACCACUUUACUUUCUCUUCAUCCAUCUUUCAGUGUUCCCUACCCCACACUCCAGCUCAUAGCCUUUCACAUCCACUCUCCAGGACCACACAUUCCAACCUCUGAUGAUCAUAUAGGCAAAAAAAAAUAAAAAUAAAUUAUAUAUAUAUAUAUAUA